UACCAACAGGUGGCAGUAACUGAACGAGUCAACUCUUCAAAAGACAGGCAACUAGUUUUCUGAACGGCGUGUGAGAUAGAUUUCCUUCCACACAGCAACAAUGGCAGCCUCCAAUACCAAUGUGAUACGGGUGCGAUUGUAUUUUGAUUACCCGCCGCCCUCGGUAUCCGACUGUCGCAUGUGCUGGGUCCUCGUGGAUCUGAACAAAUGCCGCGUGGUAGCAGACAUAGCCAGCGUGAUCAGGGAAAAGUUCGACUUCAGUCGCAGGAGCAUUUUGAGUCUGUUCAUUGAAGACUGCUACCUGCCGCACACAGAGAGCAUCUACGUAGUCCGAGAUAACGACAGCAUCAGAGUGAAGGUGGAUACCCUAACCCUUUCGAAUGGAAGUCAGUCGAACACAUCUCUUGUGAAGUCCAAGAAGAGGAGGAGAGAUGCCGAGGAGGAGGAGCCCACACAGAACCGAGUGAGUGAAGAGUGGAAGAAGAAGAAGAGAAAGAAGGAGAGUCAGGUGGCCGAUUCCAACCAGGCUGCGGUUGAAGAGAGGAGGAAAGAAGACAAGCAGAAACAGAAGAAGAGGAGAAAGAAGGAGAGUCAGGUGGCUGAUUCCAACCAGGCUGCGGUUGAAGAGAGGAGGAAAGAAGACAAGCAGAAACAGAAGAAGAGGAGAAAGAAGGAGAGUCAGGUGGCUGAUUCCAACCAGGCUGCGGUUGAAGAGAGGAGGAAAGAAGACAAGCAGAAACAGAAGAAGAAAAUGAAAAAUAAGGUGGUGACCAAAACCACUGCCUCGUCCACAGGACCCCCUCCCACCUCAUCCACAGGACCCUCUCCCACCUCGUCUACAGGACCCUCUCCCACCGUAGUCAAAGCGGACAAAAACACUAAGAAGGCUCCAGCAGUAUCUGUUAACGGUAAAGCCACAGCAAAGACCCCGAAUGGGGAAACGGACGACUCUUCUGAUUCCAGUGAAAGCAGUAGUGAGGAGGAGGAGGCCCCCAGUAAAACCCCCAUGCAGAAACUACCCCCCAAAUCACACUCUGCUAGCUCUACACCCCCUGUCACAUCUAAAGCCACCCCUGUAGUUAAACCCCGAGUCCCCAUUAAGAAACCACGCCCACCUCCCUCAUCAUCUGAUUCGGACUCCUCAGACUCAUCGGGUGACGAUGCCUCUAGCAAAGCCACCACAGGCAAACCUCCCGUUAAAAACCAAACUCCUCUAUCCAAACCUGCUGCCACUCCUCCUACCACUAUACCCACCGGCCCCAGAGCUGGUCCUAGAGACAAAACCACCCCCUCCAGGGCCAGCCUCCCUUCCUCAGGUCCCAGGACCUCUGUAUCCCCUGGCCAGAGAGCUAAUGCUCCAGGGCCAGGCUCUACCCCAGCAGUGCAGAAGGCCCACAGGAGGCCUGAGAGCCCAGGCUCUAGUAGUAGUAGUAGUAGUAGUAGUAGUGAGGAGGAGAUCCAGCUGGUUAUCAAACAACCGGGCCUGGGGAUGGGGAUAGUCCCUGCUAUGGCAGCACAACCCACCUGGAGAGGCAGGGGAAGCCCUAGGGGUGCGGAGAGAGGUGGGGGUAGGGGGGUUAGAGGGGACUGGGACAGGGGUCCUCGUGGUGGGGGUAGAAGUGGGGAGUGGGACAGGGGUCCUCGUGGUGGGGGUAGAGGUGGGAGAGGGGAAGAUAGCGGGGCAGGGGGAGGAGAUAAUGCAGGGUUUUAUUUCAACUAUGAAGGUGGACAGCGACAGCAGACUCCUCAGCCACCAUCGUACCAGAAGGACUCCCUGAUUAACAGCUCUGUGGUGUUCCAGAACCCAUCGGAGAGUGUCCCCAAGAGGGACUACAGUGAGAUGCCCCUCCUAGCUGCUCCCCCUCAGGACGGACAGAAGAUCGCCUUCAAGCUGCUGGAGCUGACAGAGAACUACACACCAGAGGUGUCGGAGUAUAAAGAGGGGAAAAUCAUUCAUUUUGACCACAGCACCAAACAGAUUGAGCUCGAACUGCUCUCUACUUAUCAAGCGCCAGUGGAGCCGGGGAAGUUUGACCUGGUGUAUCAGAACGCGGACGGAUCCGAGAGUGUGGAGUACGCUGUGUCCCGGGGCUCCAGGGUGACUGAACGUUGGGACUCACUGCUGGAACCCAGGCUAGUUGUUGGGAAUUUGAGCUGAGGAACAAGAUGGACGUUCUUGGUCGACUUGGCCCAGGCAUUUCUAACACACUGGCCCAUUUCCCCCACUUGAGUUCCCCAGUAUUGGCCAAAUUAUAAUAAUUCAGCACACAACCCCAAUUUAGACUAAGUUAAAGAUGGACCAGCCCAAAUCUGGCAUUUGCCGGAUCUGCCCCAUGCCCAGUCCGUUUCUGGUUGGAUCGACUGUGGCUUGUUCUGACACCUCCAUAGACAGUUUACCCUGAACCCAGAUUAAGCUGGAGAUGUUUCAUUGACUAUGAUUAUGUUUAGUUCAGGAGUAGAACCUUAAUCUGGGUCUGGGAAACCAGCCUUACUGUCAACAUGUGGUUGACUCAACUAAUUCAGGAUGUUUUUUUAAUGGAGAUUUGUUAAAUUCAAUAGUUUUGCGUUUCAGUUUAUUUCCUCAGUAGACGAGUUAAAAUGGAAUUGACCAGAACCUUGGAUUCAGCUAAUCAAAGUCUGGAUUAAAGCUAUUGAUUAGUUUUAGUUCUGGGUGUGAUGAGCACCAUUUUAAUGAUUUACUUAAAACAUCUUCUAAUGUUGUAUUGUGGAAGGGAGGGGUACAGGGUAGGUUGCUUAAGUACCUUCAAAUGUUAUUUCAUCUUUGGUCUCUUUACUUUAUUUUUUUUACACAUUGAUAUAACUGUGAAUGUCCAUCUUGAAUUUAAAAAAAAAUAGUUUGUAAGAUAAUAAAGUUUGAUAUCCUAUGA